AUGGAGAUCAGACUAGGGGAAGAGAAUAUUUGCCAAGACUUUGUUUUGUACAUGAAGGAAGAAUCAUUCAAGCCUCAUCUGCACUAUAUAUCGGCUAUCAGCUCUUUUCCGAUAUCAAAAUUAACUGAAAUUCUACCGAUGUCCGAAAACAAGGAGGCGUACGACCGCAUCAAUGUACUCUCAGCAGUAGAUCUGCAAGAGUUGAAUGCAUGUAUAAAGCAAUUAUACCAACGUAUAAUUUUUAACACAACAGCAAAGGACCUAAAUACAGAACAAACUUCCAAGAUACAGAAUGGUGUCGAAGAUCGACACUGGCUAUAUAUUGACGGCAUUCAAACAAUGUUCCAAUUGUCACAACUUCAAGAUCAAGUUCAAGCUCAUGCCGCACUGAACAACUCUCUCCUUCGACUUCGUUUGCUUCAUAAGAAAUGCAAUUCCGUUAAAGUCAUGUUUCAAUUACCUAAGACUGAAGCACCAGAGUACGUACGACAUCUGCGCGAAAGAGAGGAAGACGAGGCAGAACGUAAUAGAAUAGCUAAUGGACGUGAUAGGCACAGCAAUAAACGUUUUAAGAGAGAUAAUACAGGUAUUUUAAUAGGAGAUUACCUAUGGAAAUAUUAUAUGUAA